CUGAACCAGUUGGCGUCAAUGGCGCGCACACACACGUCUAUAUAUACGCGCAACAUAUGAAGCAGAAAUCCAAGCUUGAAUAGUCAUCUUCAGAAGAGCAAGUCAAAAAUCACCAAUUACCCAUGUUUUUCCACCGAAGAAAAAGACAAUAAAACAAAGGUUUGGCCUUGUUUCUUUAGAGCCUCAAAAACAAAAGACUUAUCGGAAACAGCCAGAAAGGCUAGCUAGGUAGCUGAGGAAAAAUUAAGAAACAAUGGCUGAAAUUGCAGUAACCUAUCUUCUCGACAAGCUCACGAGCUUGACGCAAGAAGAGGUCAAAUUAUUGAAGGGGGUCAAGGAAGCAGCUGCGUCCAUCGAAGACGAACUGGAGCAAAUCACGGCCUUCCUAAGAGCUGCAGAUCAAAUGGAAAAGAAGACCCCUCAACUCGAGGUGUGGGUUAAGCAAGUGAGAGAUGUAGCUUAUGAUAUUGAAGAUGCUCUUGAUGAGUACAGGCUUCACCUCACACAACCUCAUGGCAAUGAUUUCUAUGUCUCUCUUGCUAAGAUCAUAAAGACUUUGAAUGCUCGCCAUCAGUUUGGUUCCGAAAUACAACGCAUCAAAUCCAGAGUUGUAAGUAUUGCGGAGGCACGUCAGAGAUUAAUCCAGGGGGAAACUACAGUAGUUGACUCCAAGAAAUGGCUUGACCGUCGACAGGAUGGCCUUCUGGUAGAAGAAGCUGAUCUGGUGGGCAUCGAAAAGCCCAAAAAGCAGCUCAUCAGCUGGCUUAUCCCGGCUCCGGGUGAUACUGAAGGCAAAGUGGUUUCGGUGGUCGGAAUGGGUGGCUUGGGGAAGACCACCUUGGUCAAGAAAGUCUAUGAUGAUGCACAAGUGAAGCUGCACUUCAAAUACCGAGCUUGGAUGUUUGUUUCUCAAUCUUUCAAGAUGGAAGAGCUCCUAAAAGACAUGCUUCAGCAACUCUACAAGGUAAAAAGGAAGCCAGUUCCUCCAGAAGUAGAAAGCAUGAGCAACGAUCAGCUAAGAACCAAAAUCAAAACCUUUUUGCAACAAAAGAGGUACCUGAUUGUGUUGGACGACGUGUGGCAUGUUGAUGAUUGGGAUGCUGUCAAACUUGCAUUCCCAAACAACAAUGGCAGUCGAGUAAUGCUCACAACUCGUAUUACUGAAAUAGCCUCUGCCUCCUGCAGGGAGUUCAAUGGUAAAGUCCAUGCUCUAAACCCUUUGUCUCCUGAAGAGUCCUGGACUCUAUUUUGCAGAAAGACUUUUGGGGAUCAGAACUCUUGCCCUCCAGAUUUGAAGGGUCUUGCUGAAAGUAUCCUUGGAAGAUGCGAAGGAUUGCCGCUUGCAAUUGUGGCACUCAGUGGUGUUUUGACGACAAAGGACACGACAGAGCAAUGGGAUGUGAUACAACGUUGUCUUGCUGAUGAACUUGAAGAGAAUGUUAGACUCAAUAACAUGGGAAAAAUUCUGUCACUCAGUUAUAAUGAUUUGCCAUACUAUCUCAAGUCCUGUUUUCUGUAUUUUAGCAUCUUUCCUGAAAAGCAUCCCAUCGACCAAAUGAGACUCAUUCGAUUAUGGGUGUCAGAAGGAUUUGUUAAAGAGAAAGAAGGAAUGACGUUGGAAGAAGUUGCAGAGAGCUAUCUCUACGAGCUGUUGAACAGAAGCUUGAUCCAAGUGGCAGGGACAAGCAGCGAAGGGAGGAUCAAAACAUGCCGCAUCCAUGACCUGCUUCGGGAGAUUAUCAUUUCCAAGUCAAAAGAUCAGAACUUCGUAGCAGUAGUUCGAGGGCAAAACGUGAUUAAUUGGCCGGAUAAAGUUCGUCGCCUGUCAAUACAAAAACCCAAGCAGGAUGUUCAACAAAGCCAGAGCAUCUCCCGGCUUCGUUCUUUGCUCAUAUUCCGGAGGGUAGAUUCACUGUCUCUGUCUGAGUAUUCCAAGCCCAUUCCAUUUCCUCUUGAUUUCAAGCUGCUUAAAGUGUUAGAUUUGCAAGGUGCACCUCUUGAGAUAUUUCCUAAUGAGAUCGUCAAGCUGCUCCUUCUGAAAUAUCUAAGCUUGAGGGCCACAAAGAUAAAAGCCAUUCCAAACUCAAUUAAGAGUCUGCAGAAGCUGGAGACAUUGGAUCUUAAACAUGCAUGCGUCACAGCAUUGCCUGCUGAGAUUUCCCAGCUUCAGAAACUUCGCCACCUGUUGGUGUAUCGCUAUGAAAUCCAAUCUUAUGUGCCCAUAAAUUCCAAAUAUGGGUUUAAGGCCAUGCCACACAUAGGAAGUCUCCGGUGCUUACAAAAGCUCUGUUUCAUAGAGGCAGAUCAUGGCGGCAAUGAGCUAAUGAAAGAGCUUGGAAGUCUGAAACAGCUGCGGAGGCUUGGCAUUGUGAACUUCAGAAGAGAAAAUGGGGUUGCUCUCUGCUCUUCCAUUGAAAAUCUAACAAACCUUCGCGCUUUGUCAAUAACUUCAACAGAAGAGAAUGAGAUAAUUGAUCUUGAAAACCUUUCAUCCCCUCCUCCAUUUCUUCAGCGGCUAUACCUGGCAGGACGUCUAGAGAAGUUACCACACUGGAUAUCUUCUCUCCACAGUUUGGCCAAGGUGUCUUUGAAGUGGAGCCAAUUAAUGGGUGACUAUGAUCCUCUUCAACCGCUUCAAGAUUUGCCCAAUCUAGUACAUCUUGAAUUUCUGCAGGUUUAUGAGGGAGACACGUUGCAUUUUAAGGCUCAGGGAUUUCAGAAGCUCAAGGUUUUAUGCCUUGACAACAUGGAUGGACUGAAGACAGUAGAGAUAGAAAUGGGAGCCAUGCCUCUCCUUGAAAAGCUCAUCCUCCAGCGCUGCAAAUUGCUGCAAAAGCUGCCAUCAGGUAUUGAGCAUCUUAAAAGGCUGAAACUGCUGGAUUUUUUUGACAUGCCUUAUGAGUUAAUCAUGACAAUACGUCCAGACAUAGAAGGUGUGGGGGAUUAUUGGAAGGUUGAAAAUGUGCCAGAAAUUAACUCUACCUAUUGGAGAGAUGGUGGCUGGGAUGUCUACUCAUUGGAGAGAUUAAUCGAGGGAGAGACUUCAGCCCCCACAAGGAUGGCUACCCAUGAACUUCCUUCCUAUUGGAAAUAGUGCAUUUUCUGCUUCAUUUUAUUAUACUUACAAAAUGCUAAUAAUCAAGAACAAGGCUGGCUAGCUCCUUGUUUUCUUCCUUUAAUAUGUGCCUUAAUAAACCAGUACCUGUACUCCGGUGCUGCUGAUCUAAUUCUAAGUUUUUUUUUUUUUCCUUCAAUUACUAUCCAAGUUGUACUCAUUAAAAAAGAUCAUGACCAAAAUUUGAGCCAGGGGAUUCAAAAUUGCUGUGUUUGAUCCUUUUACUAAUUUGGUUAACUUUGGUGAUUGUUGUGUGGUUGCUAUUUUGAAAUUGUUAUACUUGUUGGAAAAUACUUAUUCAGCC